UGUUUUUAUAGAAAAUAAUAAUAAUAAAAAAAAAACAGAUAAACUGACAAUUAGAAGAAAAAAAAUCAUUAAGUUGCAGGAUCCACAGACCCCAUACCAGCCAAUAACAAUUCACCACCUCCAAUCCCAGCUCCUCCCUCUCGUUCUGCCUCAAGAUUUUAGCCUCAAAAGAAAAUAAGAAUUAAAACUCAGAUUCAUUCCUUGAAGCUAGCUAAGUUGAUACCUUGCUUUUGUGCUUUAUAUUACUGCUGCUGUUUCUGUUCUCUCCUACUCAUUGGCGUCACUCUACCCACUUUUUCUUUUUCUUCUUCUCUUUUCUCUGUCGCUCGGACCUCAAGGAAAAGGAGGAAACAAAAGAUCUUUUCCCAGCUUUUAUUUUUUGCUUUCACUGCCCCGAAUCCAGUUAACUUCUCAAAUCUCAGCCUGUUUUAUUACUCAUCUCCAAGUUUCUUUCUUUCUGUCUUUCCCUUUUUGGGCUAUCAAAUUCAUUGAAGCUGUUUUCACUUACAAGCUUUCCUCUUUUGGAAUUCUUGUCCUUUUUUUUUUGUCAGGUGUUAUUGUUUUUCGGUGGUUCAUAUGUUUGCUUCUUUAGAAAGUUUUUAGAGCCAAGUUCAGAUCUCACCGGUGGUUUUAGGGUUUAAUUAGCUUGGUGUUUUAUUUUUAGACUGCUUGUGCCAAAUUUUCUUAGCUUUUGUUUUUGUUUAAAACAAGUUUGUUCCUUUGCAGAUUCCCGAGUGGCUUGACUACACAUAAAAAGCUAUUCUGAUUCCUUGCAAAUGCUUCUUGAUCUAACACUGAUAUUUUUGUGGUGAAACUUCCACAUCUCUGCAUUUCCUCUACUGGGUUCUCCCCCUCUGUUUCUCCUCUCCUUCAUAAAUCCAACUUCUCUAGCCAAUUUCUUUAAUCAAGCAACUGUGAAUUUGUUUGAAUUCACUGGCAUGUUAACUUAUUUCUGAUGCAAUGAAGUGGGAAAUGGGAAUUCUAUCUCCCGCAUCGUAUCUUUCGAGCACGAAUUGGCUACUAGAAGAGAGCAAGAACACAAAAUGGACUCCAGCAGAGAACAAGGCGUUUGAGAAUGCUCUUGCAGUUUAUGACGAGGACACUCCUGAUAGAUGGCACAAGGUGGCAGCUAUGAUUCCAGGGAAGACAGUAGGGGAUGUGAUAAAGCAGUACAAGGAAUUAGAACUUGAUGUUAGCUACAUAGAGGCAGGGCUGAUUCCAGUUCCUGGAUAUAGCACCUCUCCAUUCACAUUGGAUUGGGUUGAUGGCAAUGGCUAUGAUGGGUUUAAACAAUCUUAUGGCCUUGGUGGAAAGAGAUCUUCAACAGGUCGACCUGCUGAUCAGGAGAGAAAGAAAGGUGUUCCAUGGACAGAGGAAGAGCACAAGCUGUUUCUGAUGGGCUUGAAGAAGUAUGGCAAGGGGGACUGGAGAAACAUAUCUCGCAAUUUUGUUGUCAGUAGAACGCCGACUCAGGUGGCUAGUCAUGCGCAGAAGUAUUUUAUCAGGCAGCUUUCAGGAGGGAAAGAUAAGAGGAGAGCCAGUAUUCAUGAUAUAACAACUGUCAAUCUCAACGACGCGAGAACUCCAUCACCGGACAAUAAAAGACCUUCACCUGAUCAACCUGGGGCGAUUUCUCAGCAGCCCAAUUCUGCUGCCAUGCCUAGAACACAUUUUCAAUGGAAUCAACCCAACGGUGGAGGAACCUUAGCUUUUAAUUCAACAAAUGCAAAUAUGUUCAUGUCUGCUCCUUAUGGGAUUAGCUCAUAUGGGCUUAAAAUGCAAGGCCAAAAUCUGCCUAGAGGAGCUGUUCAUGACUCUUACAUUAGACAGCAAACCAUGGGUUUUCAGAUGCCAUCAGCGCACCACUACCCCCAUGGAUGAGAGUAUGUUUUUUCUUUUUUAAUCCAUGGCUCAUGGCUCAUGGCUCCAUGGCUUCUUUUCAGCAGUACAGUUGUGUUUGUGCCUUAUUUUCUGUCUUUUCUUUUUCCUUUCCUCUGGUCUUUUGUGUACAUGCCAUCGAGAAGUCUAGUCAAUAGGACGUGAACUUGGAGGGGACAGGAUUCUGUUCUGCUUGAAUUCAAUAUCCGGAUUGCUAAA